AUGCUCUUAUUUACCAUGCUGCUUUGAGAACUUUCCUUGGAUGAUCAUCAAAAAAUCAUGGCCAUUUGCACUGUAGACAUUCAUGCCAGAGAUGUAUUAGCAAGCCUUUGAGCUCAGGUGGUCACCGGUUUCAGAGCUUUUGCUUGGUUGUCAUAGCUACGCCAUAGAUGGGAUGAUGUCCAGAAACACUGUUUUGCCAACAUUAGCAAUGCUCAGUUUCAGUACAUUUUUAAGUACUUGGGAAAUACCCCUUGGCUAGUCAUUACACCUUUGACUGACAGGUGUUACAUUACUCUAACUCAAGCUCUCGACCUGAAAGUGAGUGGUUCUCCUGAAGAACUAGCUGGCAUAGGUAAGACAGAGACCACUGAAGAUUUAGGCUGUGCCCUUGGUAUGAUGGUGUACAUCUUCAACUGUUCAGAAUACAUGGAUGAAAAGGUGAGAUAGAAUAUCUGUUAAGAUUUGGUCCAGACAGGAGCCUGGGGGUGCUUCAAUGACUUCAGUGGUGCCUUGGUAGUUCAGUCAGUGGUGGUAGUACAAUUAAAGACUAUCCAUGAUACAAUUAGAAACAAGAAAAAGGAAUUUGUAUUUCUUGAUGAAAAUAUUACGUUGAAGUCCACAGCUAGAAUUAUUACCAUGAUCCCCAGAUGUGCAGGUCAGACAGAACUACCUGAAAACCUCAUAGCUCUGUUCAGACCCUGUGGCAUGGCUGUCCCUGACAUUGAACUGAUCUCUGAAAUUACGUUGGUUGCUGAAGGGUUUAUUGAUGCGUGUCUGUUAGCUAGGAAGUUUAUCACCUUGUAACUACUCUACUGGGAGCUGCUCCCUGAACAGCACUAUUAUGACUGGUGACUUCAGGCUAUCAAGUCAGUUUUGGUAAUUGCUGGGCCCUUGAAACAAGGAGACAAGAAAUAGUCCUGAGGAUCAGUGCUUAUGGGAAUCUAAAGAGACUUUAAUUUCCCUAAAAUAGUAACAGAUGAUAUCCCAAUUUUCACAGGCCUAAUCAGUGACCUGUUUCCAGCUCUGGAUGUUACUAGGAAGAGGAACCUACAGUUUGAACAGAUGGGUAAACAAUCUACCCUGAAGCUUCAUUUGAAGCCUGAAGAGAGCUUUAUUCUCAAAGCUGUUCAACUGGAGGAGCUGCUGGCAGUGCAUCACUCUGUGCUUGACGUUGGAAAUGCAGGAAUUGGAAAGAGUAAGGUACCUGCCUACCUAUGCAUUCUGCUCCACACGUAUGUGAACAUGAAAGAGAUACCUGUUUGGAAUGAUCUUAACUCAAAAGUCCUGACAACUGAUGAACUGUUUGGCUUUAUACACCAUGAAACCUGAUAAGGGAAAGAUGAAUGUGGAAGACCAAGUGUAGCUGCAGCCUUGGCUCAUCUAUUGCUAUUUUUCAAAUGCAGAGCAGACCCUUGUUGCGAGCCAGUGAAAGCACGGGAACUGCUGAGUAAUAUGCUUCCGAGGAAUUCCUCAAGCUACAAUAAACUGCAUGCCUCUAUGCACCUAGUCUUGUUUGAGGGUGCCAUGCAGCAUGUGUGCCAAAUCACUUAUUUCCUAGAAUUCCCUAGGGGUUGUGCACUUCUGAUUGGAGUAGGUGGUAAACUGAGCUUGUCAAGGCUGGCAGCAUAUAUCUGCUCCCUAGAGCUUUUCCAAAUCACACAGAAGAAAGAUUACGGGAUGCAGGACCUCAGGGUAGAUCUUGCCAGUUUGUACAUCAAGACUGGUGCCAAGAACAUGCCAACAGUGUUUUUGCUGACAGAUGCCCAAGUUCCAGAUGAACGCUUUUUUGUGCUGAUUAAUGACUUGUUGGCAUCAGGAGAGCUUCCAGAUCUGUUCAGUGAUGAAGGCUUGAAGGUCAUAGUUGCAGGAGUAGAAAAAGUCUGAGCCCUGGGCCUGAUGGACACCAGAGAGCACUGCUGGAGCCACUCAUCCAGGACUCCAUUAUGCCCACACCAGUGUGAAUGCAUUGAGUGCAAAUACAGUCAUAGCAAGAGGCAAUACAAUUACACCGCUCCAAAUAGUUUUCUGGAGCAAAUCAUGCUUGAUAAGAUCCUCCUAGAGAAGAAAAGCAAGAUGUCACGACACAUGGAGCACUUGGUAAAGGGCACGCAGAAGCUUUCAGAAUUAGGAAGGAAGGCAAAAAGAUGUGAAAGGAAGGCAGCAGCUUUCCAGGUGUAUCAUGAGGCAGAACCAAAAUGUUGUGCGCUGGCUCAGGCUCACACUGAAUUAGCAGCAGCUACAGAAAAACUGGAAGCCGUCAGGAAAAAGCUUCUUAAGGUUCCUUUUCCUGUGAUGGAGGGCCUGGACCCAAUUGCCACAGUGACGGAUGAUGCUACGAUUGCAGCAUGGAGUAACGAGAGACUGCCUGGUGAUAGGAUGCCAACAGAAAAUGCCACUUCUCUAAGAAACUGCGAGUGCUGACCCCUGAUGAUAGAUCCCCAGCAACAGGGAAUUAAAUGGAUAAAGAAUACAUGCGGAGCUGACCUUAUCACACGUCUAGGACAGAAAGGUUUUCUGAAGACCAUUGAAAGAGCUUUGGCUUUUGAUGAGACUGUACUAAUUGAAAACAUGGGUGAAUCUAUUGAUCCCAUACUUGAUCCCCUGCUUGGAAGACAUAUAGUUAAAAAGGGAAGGUACAUAUAUAUAUCAAGAUUGAAGAGAAAAAAAUGGGAAUUCAACAAGAAUUUCCAUCUCAUCCUUCACACUAAGCUGGCUAACACUCACUACAAGCGAGAACUGCAGGCUCAGGCCACCCUCAUUAAUUUCUCUGUCACUGAGGACAGGCUGGAAGACCAGCUGUUGGCUGAGGUUGUUAGUCCUGAAAGGCAGGACUUAGAAAAACAUAAGUCCAUAAGAGGAUAUGAUGGCACUGUUAGGAGCUGGGAUAUUUGGUUAAUAGAUCACAAUUUAUCCCUGCAAGAAUGCAGUUCUGUGGCUGCUGCAGUCGUACCAAUAGGCCUGGCCAAGCAGCAGAAUGGUUUCACGAAUGAGCUCCAGCAGCUGGAGGAUGACAUGCUGCUCAGGCUGUCAGCUGCCUGAGGCAAUCUCUUAGAUGACAGUGCACUUGUAAAGAAAAUCAUAACGAAGUCAACUUCAGCAGAAAUACAACACAAGGUAAUUGAAGCCAAAGAAAAUGAAGCUCAGAUUAACAUGACAAGGGAGCACUACAGACCAAUAGCCGUAAGAGCAUCCAUUCCUUACUUUGUCUGUAUCAGCCCAGGUAGCAUCAACCCCAUCUACCAGUUUUGCAUAAUUGGCCUUCAAUGUGUUUUCCACAAAGCAAUUAAAUAGGCUGAAAUAUCAGGGGAUAUUCAAUGUUGUAUCUCUAACCUGAGAAAAGUUGUCACAUAUUCAACCUUUCUUUUCACAAGCCAAGGACUUUUUGAAAAAGAUAACCUCAUUUUUCUGGCCCAAACAGUUUUUCAGAUGAGGAAAAAUCUCUGAUUGAUUCUUCUAAGAAGUAAAGAGAUAGAAUUUGUUGAAUUGGAUUUCCUUCUUCGAUUCAGAAGAACACAUGUGAGUCCUGUUGACUUCCUAAGUACUCAGUGAUGGAGUGUCAUUAGAGCUAUGGCAGUGAUGGAUGUGUUCAGUGGGGUAGAUAAAGAUAUUGAAAGAUCCACCAAGAAAUGGAAGAAGUGAGUGGACUCAGAAUGUCCAGAAAAGGAAAAGUUCCCCCAGGAAUAGACAAAAAAAAAAAAACAAACCUCUUUUGAGAAACAAAUAAUGCUGUCCAAGGACAGAAUGACAUACACUCUGAGGAACUUUGUGGAAGAAAAGCUUGGCUGAAGCUAUGUGGAAAGCGCAAGGAUGGAUUUAGCAAAAUGCAGUGAGCAGUCCAGCUCAACCAGUCCUGUGUUUUUCAUUCUGGCUUCCAGAGUAGACCCACUUGAAGAUACUGAGACAUUAGGUAAGCCUCUUACUUGCUUCACUCGCAACAGAAGCAACUUGCAACUGUCCUCCCAACAAAGAAAGGAAAAUUGA